AUGUCAACCGCAGUUUUCAUGCUGAAAAACCUCUGGAUCCAAGCUCUGGCCAAGGCCCUCUGUGCCCUCACUGUCACGUUGCUGCCCCACGUGUCUCGCGGACUGCCGGAUGGACGACACAGGCUACAGCAGGCGUCAAGUGCAGAGUAUGGACGAAGGCUGCUGGGGACGCUGGCCGGGACAGCCGGGGGCCGAGGGGUCCCGGCCAGCGUGCAGGUACGCAGGUACCCUGGGGAGCUGGCUCUGCAAGGACCUGGGGCCUCUGGAAGCCUGGAGGCACCCCCACAGCUCACUGCAUGCUGGUGGGCUCAGGCCCCGGACCCCCAGCCUGGAGAGCUGGGCCAGGAACGGUUCCAGGAAGGCGGCCGCCAGCUCCUGUCCCCAGCCCUGCCCAGCAAGCGCCUGGCUGCGGCAGGCACCCACUGCCAAAUAAAUUCACGCGAAGGGGUGCCCGCGCCCUGCGCCUCGAAGGUGGAGCUGCGUCUCAGCUGCCGGCACCUGCUGGACCGCGACCCGCUGACCUAGUCCGACCCCAGCGUGGUGCUGCUGCAGCAGGCGCGGGGCCAGUGGGUGCAGGGAGGGCCGGCGGACAGGGCAGAGGUGGUCCGGAGCUGCCUGCACCCCGUGUUCUCCAAGGUCUUCACGCCUGACUGCUGCUUUGAGGAAGCACAGAACCACGGGCCCGGCAGCCUCAGCCACCAGGACGACGACUUUCUGGGGGGCGUGGAGUGCACCUUGGGGCAGAUUGCUCUGGCCAGGCUGUGUGCCGAGCACGUCACGGGCCCCACGCUUCAUCCUCCCAAUGACAGGAGGUUCUCGGCUUUGGGCUUUGGAGCCCGGAUCCCUCCCGAGUUUGAGGUGUCCCAUGACUUUGCCAUCAAUUUCAACCCCGAGGACGGCGAGUGUGAAGGGAUCCAGGGCGUGGUGGACGCCUACCCGAACUGCCCGCCCAGGAUCCAGCUCUACGGCCCCACCAACGUGGCGCCCGUCAUCUCCAAGGUGGCCCGCAUGGCAGCGGCCGAGGAGCACACCGGGGAGGCCUCUCAAUACUACAUCCUGCCGGUCCUGACGGACGGCGUGGUGACAGACAUGGCGGACACGCGGGAGGCCAUCGUGCGUGCCUCCCACCUGCCCAUGGCCAUCAUCGUCAUGGGCGUGGGCAGCGCCAACUUCACGGACAUGCAGACCCUGGAUAGGGGGGGCUCCCUGCAGUCCCCUCGGGGCCAGCCUGCCGUUCGUGACAUGGUGCAGUUCGUGCCUUUCUGCGCGCUCAAGAACGUGAGCCCUACAUCGCUGGCCAGGUGCGCGCUGGCCGAGGUGCCCAAGCAGCUGGUGGAGUACUGCAGCCACAGAGGGGUGCCCCGCGAGGCCCCGCCCCCACGGCCGAGCCGGUGGGCCAGGCCGCAGCCGUCCAGCACCCUGGGGCCCCCGGAGCCCCCCGUGACCUCCCUGGGGCCUCACCCCUUAGCCUAG